AUGAACAGUAUGAGUGGAAUGAGUGAUAUGAUCAGCAGUACGAGUUCUUCAAUGAACAUGGCAUCAAUGAUUAGUUCUUCGGUAGCAUCUGCAUCCACUUCAACGGUAGCAUCGGCAACAUCGCAUGAUCCAAGUAUUCCUACGUACACGGGUGGUAGUAUGGACGAUAUGAUGGACAUGGAUAUGAACACAUAUCUUGUCACGGAUUACAGUGAUUAUCCCGUUAUAUUUAAGAAUUUAAAAGCAUCCUCCAAGGCUGCUGCAUUUGGCAUAUUUUGUGUUCUUUUCUUUGCAGCAUUUGUAUUCAGAGGCCUAGCAUUUCUUAAUGCUUAUCUCGAACAGAGAGUUUUCCAUAAUUACACUAAUGCCGUCAUUGUGCAAAAUGAUCCUUGUGCUUGUGAUCCUGACAGUGAACUUGACCAAAAAGGUGAUGAUAAUGCUGUUUCCACCGUUGGAGGAACUCAUAAGAGCUUCGGUCGUAUUCUAAAGGAAUUAUUCAUGCCAGGGAUGCGUGAAUGGAAGAAGGAUCUCGUUCGUUUAAUUAUUGCGUUUGUAAGUGCCAUGAUAGGUUAUGGUCUUAUGCUUGCAGCAAUGAGUUUUGUUGUGUUGUACUUCUUCGCCAUAUGCUUGGGUCUAGCCUUCAGUGAGGUUUUCUUCAACAGACUGGGAAUUGCAAUGGGAAUAAAUCGGGCCGCUUCUUCACAUGCUUCGCUUCAUUAG